AUGAUUCCACUUCUCUGCUGCCUCAUUUCGUUCGGCACCCAAAAUCCCACUGACUUUGAAGGCGCCAUUGAGGGAGAUCAGCACCUGCUUGUUAAUCGUCAGAUUUACGCCGCAAGAGGCAUCGGCGAGUUGCGUGAUGGCAAAGCAAAGUAUCUUGUAACAAUAGAGUCGGCUCAGUCGGCGAAGAAAAAACCGCGCAUCCAGUGGCCUGAAAAGGAUACCAGGGCGCUGAUAAAGCUAUGGAAGGACCAUUUGGACGCCUUGCGAGGGCAAAAACACAACGGUGGAGUGUACCAGGCGAUUGCCGAAAGCCUCACCGACGCCGGUAUUCCCCGUACACAGGCGCAAGUUCACAGCAAAAUUGACAACUUGACACAGACACUGGAGUGGGCUCAGCAAACAGAGGUAGAGCUAAGAUCAAAACACCUUCAGCCUAAAGAAAAGCUUGUAAAUGCCCUCGUUGGUUUCAUCAAUAAAACAUGA